CAUAAACGGACACCGACUCGCCCUUCCUCUCAAUCACAAUAACUGACACUCAUACCGCUCUCGUCGCAGAACACGGCCACUCCCGCCACAAAGCCUCAGAACAGCGGAUAAGCAUCGACGCCGCACCUUGCUUCGACUCACCGCCCGCGCCGUCACACUACCAUACCAAUCUCACCGGCACUGGACGCAACGGCCGAGAUGCAACAAUAGACCCUUUCGGAGAGUGCAGUGUCACAUCACACUGCCAUGAAGAAAGACCGGAGACAAUCAAACAGCAUCACAUCUCUCACGCGGGAGAGCCGGUGAUCGGAAGAAUAUGGACACACAAGUUGAAAGCGCCAUCGAACUCGCUUUCAAUCCCACGACAGAGCACAACCUCAAAGGACAGGCAUACGACUUUCUGAAUGUCUUGAAGCAGGAUCCAAAUGCGUGGCAGGUCUGCCUGGCCUUGUUCACACGCCAUCCGUCUCCAUCAGAAGUGGUGCGACUCGUGUGCCUGGAGAUUGUCAACAAUGCGGUGCAGACGCAGAGGUUGGACCAAGCUGGCCUGAAUGAUGUGAGGUACCGUCUGAUGGACUACGUGCGUCGGCGCUACAGCUCAACGUCGACGGAGGCAGACACCCCUACCAUCCAGAACAAGGUCACGCAGACUCUCACAUAUCUCUUCACAUCCCUCUAUGCCUCGGACUGGACGGACUUCUUUGACGAAUUCAUUGCGCUGGCAAGCUCGAGCUCGGAGACGAGCUCUGAUGGAGCACAAGCUCCCACUGUGCUGCUUCUGCGAAUCUUGGGGUCAAUUCAUGAUGAGAUUGCGGAUGUGAUGAUUCCACGCACUCCGGAAGAGGCACGACGUAGUGCAGAGCUGAAGGAUUUGGUCAGGACCAGGGAUGUCAACAAGAUUGCCACCAUUUGGCAGGACAUUCUUUCCAACUGGACGCAGUUGGACCUGGGGAUAGUCGAGAUGUGCCUGCGAACGAUUGCGAAAUGGGUCAGCUGGAUUGACAUAUGGCUGGUCAUCAAUGAACGGAUCCAGGGAGCGCUGCUGGAAAUCGCUGGCCAACAGGGCAGUCUAACUACAGCCAGUAGAGAGGCAAAGGCACGCGAUGCCGCCAUUGACACGUUCACAGAGACCGUUGGCAAGAAGAUGCAACCAAACGACAAGGUGGAGCUGAUCAAUUACCUGAACCUGGGCAGUAUCGUCGGGCAGCUUGUUGCAAGCCCCGCGCUCUCGGAUCUACGAAAGACCUCGGACUACGAUACAGACCUGGCGGAAACUGUUGCGAAAUUGGUGAACAAUGUCGUAUUUGAUGUGGUCAAGGUUCUGGAUAAUGACAGCAUCGAAGCUCAGACUCGAACCAAAGCGGAUCAGCAGCUUCAGACAUUUGUUCCUUACCUGCUACGCUUCUUUUCCGAUGAAUACGACGAGAUCUGCUCCGCUGUGAUACCAUCGUUGACAGAUCUGCUCACAUUAUUCCGAAGACUCAACAAGGUGAAAGGCGGCCUACCAAGCCACUACUCUGGCAUGCUGCCCCCUAUCUUGGACGCCAUCGUCGCGAAAAUGAAGUACGACGAUACUGCCAGUUGGGGUGAUGAGGAUGAGCAAACAGAUGAAGCGGAAUUCCAGGAAUUGAGGAAACGCCUCCAUGUACUUCAGCAGACCGUAGCUGCCGUGGACGAAAGCAUGUAUAUGGACAACCUGACGAGAGUCGUGGCCAACACUUUGGGAAGACUUGGCACCGAGGAUCGUCCCAACUGGAGAGAUCUCGACUUGGCUCUGCUGGAGAUGCACCACUUCGGCGAGUUGGCCAUUAGGAAUGGUGGGCUUUAUAACAAGUCAAAGCCCACCUCCGAGGCUGCCUCACGCCUCGUAGAGAUGAUGUCAACCUUGGUGGCCUCCGAUCUGGCGACAUAUCCACAUCCAGCGGUGCAGCUCCAGUACAUGGAGCUCUGCGUCCGCUAUGUGCAAUACUUUGAACAAAACAUUGCUGGAAUUCCCAAGGUACUCGAGAACUUCGUGACAUUCAUCCACAGUGAUCAUAACAAAGUGCGUCUGCGCUCGUGGUACCUCUUUCAGCGCUUUGUAAAGCACCUACGAGCACAAUUGGGAGAGUAUGCCCAAACGAUUGUCCAGGCCGUGUCGGACCUGUUGACCAUCAAAGCCGAGCUUCCCACUGAUAAGGACGAGGAUGACGAUUCUUCCAGCGAUGGAGUGUCGACAGACGCCGCGUUUCAAAACCAGCAAUAUCUCUUUGAAGCCAUUGGGCAAGUAUCGUCCACGCAGAAUGUGCCGACUCCAACGAAAGUCGCAAUCGCAAAGACCGUAAUCGAGCCACUGUCUCUCGACUUGAGCAACCACCUGCCCUCAGCGAGAAACGGUGAUGAGCGGGCUAUUCUCCAGGUACACCAUGUGAUCAUGGCACUUGGUUCGCUUGCAAAUGGUUUCUCGGAUUGGACUCCAGGAGCUCCUACGAGCACGCCACCUCCGGCAGAGCUGGCGAAGGAGUUCGAGUCUGCCGGCGAGACGGUGUUACUUGCGCUGGAGAACCUCAAGCACAAUUCUGAACUUCGGGCAGCUGCACGACAUGCAUUCUCGCGCUUCUUGGGCGUACUGGGAGCACAAGUGCUACCUCAACUUCCACGAUGGAUUGAGGGACUCUUGUCAUCGGCCUCGUCCAAUGAUGAAAUGGCAAUGUUCCUUCGCACACUAGGCCAAGUUGUCUUUGGGUUCAAGACCGAAAUCUUCGCCAUUCUCGACCAAUUGUUGACUCCCCUCCUCCAGCGCGUAUUCGCCGGUUUCUCGCAAGAGAUUACUGGCACAGAUGACGAAAUUCAACUGAGAGAGCUGAGAAGAGAGUAUCUUAACUUCGUGCUUGUCAUUCUCAACUACGAUCUUGCCUCCGUGCUCGUCACGCCUGCAAAUCAAGGAAUCUUCGACACCUUUGUGACGUCCAUCACACGCUUCUCGUGUGACAUAUCAGAUGCUCAAAGUGCCAGGUUAGCUUUCUCGGUCCUAACCAAGAUGACAAGCAUCUGGGGAGGCCCAGACCUCUCCAAUUUCAGCGCUAGUGAGGCCGUGGCGCAGCCCACUCUGCCUGGUUUCGAUAGCUUCAUUCUCACGCAAUUCGCGCCACUGCCUUGGGCACUGGUCUCUACGCAAGGAUUCAGCCCGCACGAUGCGCAAAUGAGAACGGUGCUGCAGGAAGCUGGGGUCCUACAAUGGACGAUUCUCCGCAAGAACGGGCUCGCGUAUCAAACUCAGUUACAGAACGAGUUGCGGAAUUUGGGUGUGGGUGAUGAUGGCAUCCAAUCGUACCUCACUAGCAUUAGUGGCGAUGCCCUCGCAUUUCGGAAAUUCUUCAGCUCGUUCGUGGCACAAGCAGCGAAGAGAUGACGAUUUUACAGGGGAUGAUGAUGGGAAUGCUGACGACUUUUUACUGACUUGAAAGAAAAUGCAGCGGUGGCUCUUACAGAGCGCCUAAUAAGGGCACUCGCAGAUUGUGAGUGAUGCCUUCUGGUUUUUGCCUAUCUGGAGCGCAGGCAUGUUCUCUAGCCAUGCAGAUAGCGUACGAGAAAUCAGUGAAACACGGAUAUGAGCAUUUCCCACCUCGGCAUAUCACCAACCAGCCAUGAAACCGCGCAGAUGGAUCAUGACCAAAUUCUCACCCCUCCGUCCCCUCCCGCCACAGCUCUAAUCUGACCCCCAAUCGUCAAAGGAUUCCCUUCAAAAACCACAAAUUCACUAAACUCAUCAUCAUCUUCUUCUUCUUCGCCACCACCACUUUCCCCCUUCAACCCCAUCAUCUCCUCAAUCCCCCUCGAAACCAUAUCCAAAGCCUCUUCCUCCCCAAUUUUCCCUCCACUAUUCGCAUGUACAAUCCCCGCUUGCAAAAACAAAUCUCGCGCUUCCCAAUCCUCAUCCACUCCAAUCGCCACUCGCACCCCGGCGUUGUGUAAGACGUCUAUUGCCGUGCCGUUGCUCAGUGGAGCUCCUGGAAGCGCGCGUCGUUGGUCCCAGGUGGUGGCGUAGCUGAAUAAGGGGGAGAGAAUGAUGGAGAUGGAAGAGGAGGAGAGUUCGUGGGCGAGCAGGUGGCUUUCGGAUGCGCCGAGGAGGAUGAGGUUGAGUUUUUUGGGUUGUGGGGAUGAGGAGGAGGGAGAAGAAGAGGAGAUGUUGAUGGCGGAUUCGAUUUCGUGUUUGAGGCGGAUAAGAGAGGCGAUUGUGUCGGCUGAGUGGACGCUGAUGACGAGGGGGAGAGUACCGUUGACGACUUGGGAUAGAGCGAGGUCUUCGGGUUGGAGAGGCUGUUGCUGCUGUUUCUUUUCCUCGCCUCCUUUUGUAUCGUUGGACGAGGGAAUGGCGUUGAGAAGCUUCGAUCGCAGGUCGGCGAUGGCGCUGGAGAUGGUGGGAGUUUUGCCUUGUUUGGCGUCCGAGGUGAGAGUAUAGUGCAGUGCGACUGCAGGAUUCACAAUGGCGUGUUUUUCCAGAGCGUGUUUGGCUCCCGUGCGGAAUGCGACACUGAUGCCUUUGUGCUCUGUACCGGCGAAUUUGGGCGCGGUGAUGGCUUUGGUCACUCCGUGAUUGUAUGCUGCUGCGAGGUUUUUGCCUUCGAAUCGAAGUCCGUCUACGGCAUGCGAGAAGGAAUCUUCGGAAAGUGAUCCAUCGGAUGUGUCUGCCUCGGCUGCAAUCUCUUCGAGGCCGAGAAGGCUUCCAAAUGCUGUGAGAGGUGGAGUGAUAUAGCCGUCGCUCAACGCAAUGAUGUUGCUCGUCGCUGAUAUGGCAUGUUCGCAGGGACCUGCGCAAACGAUCUUGCCAUUUGCAACCACUAGACUGGCGUUCUCAUGCAGAUCCCUCGUGUGCUCAAACCCAGGAAGAUGAAUCUUGGAAAUGCCAGUGAAUACCACACUAUUCACGGGAUUGUCCUGUUUCACCAGUACCGGGUAGUCAGUCGUCUCCAUCGAAGGCGUCACUGGCUUCUGAAGUUCGACGGGAUCCUUGAAUUGAGGCACUCCAUCAAUGAACACCUGAACCGGUGUUGCGCCCACAGACAGCGGAUCGGAAUCCCACAGAGUCACAUCGGCAUCAUAUCCCGACUUGACUUUUCCGAUGCGUGAGCCCAGUCCCAGCAACUCCGCUGGUGCGCUGGUCACUCCUGCGAGUGCAGCAUGGUAAGGAAGCCCAUAACGAUGUGCCUUCGCUGCUUCAAAGACCACAUGUUGCGCAUUGAUGACGGGGUUAUCGCUGACGUACACUGGAGUAAUGCCCUCGUCGUAGAGGAUCUUGCCCGCUUGCUCUGAUGCGACGUACGCCUCGGCCUUGUAGUUCAUGUUGUCGGCAAAGAGUGCGGCUGCGGGGGCUCGUCCACCAUAGGCUCUUUUCAGCACAUCAGGAAUCAGAUAUGUACUAUGCGCGUGGUGAAAAGCUCGGACUGGGAACUUGAACUCAUUCGUAUAGCCGAUGAAGGACUCGAGAUCCGGAAUGGUAUAGCAGUGAGUGUUGACCAUGACUUGCCCUCGCAGGACCGCGGCUAGUGUUUCCCACUGAAGGUCUUUGGGAAGAUAUGUAGUCAUCUUCUCCGCACCAACAGCAUCUGCGGUCGCGCACCAGUCAUCUUGCGAAUUCUUGAGAGCAGCAGCCUGCUCAAAUGCAUGUCGAAACUCCCACGCUUCACCAAGUCUGGAAAAUGGCCCAAAGUUUCUUCCCGCUUUACCAUAGACUCUUUUCGCGUUCUCUCCGCAGGCCAUUUUGAUGUAUCUAUGAUUACGGUCUGGAUCGGCAAGCAAACUCUCUAUGCUGAGCUCCGGUCUGCCAUUUGCUUUGCCAACAGCGUGUUUGACAACAAAGGCCUCGCCUCCGAUGUUGUUCCCACUGCCUGGAAGGAUCAAAGAGGUCGUGACUCCACCAGACUUGAUGACCUGGAAUUGAGGGUCAAGUGGAUUGAACCCGUCGAGACUGCGAACAUAUGGUGUGAUAUCCUUGGAUAGUUCAUUUGUGUCAUCAUUACCUUGCAGAUCAGGCAAGGAGUCUACGCCAGUAUGCGAAUGCAUAUCAAUGAUGCCAGAAGUGAGUUGUCUCCCCGCGGCUUCCACGAGAUCAUAUUCAUCAGGCAAUUCAUCCUUGCUGAUAUGCUCGCUCACUUUCUGAAUUAGCCCGUACUGGAGUAAUACGUCGAGUCGAGCCCACGAGUAGUUUCCAGUGUCCGCAUCUGGCUCGCCUGUCCAGACGGUGGCAUUCUGAAUGAGAACCGGUUUCACUCCCUCAACAUAUCGGGCACUGACAUUGCGAUGUCCGCUUGGAUCCUCUGGCUUCGUCCGCAGCUUGGCACAGGUGGCAUAGUCCUCUUGAAGUCUAUCCGUAGAGAGUAGACCUGCUUGAAGCGGCCUUCCGGAUGAAAUGGAGAGACUAUACAAGAUGUAUCCCAGACAUGCCAGAACGCUGAAUCUCAACACUCGACGCCUCAGUCGUCUUCGGCGAUGCUGUACUGCAUAUUGAUCUGUUCUGGUAUAGGCGGGGAGGCCUUCAAAUGCUUCGAUCUUGUCCAUGUUCUGUUUCUAGGGGUGACGACGCCCCUGUGCUGAUGAAUGUAAUAGUCUCUGAGGUACUAUCGUGGGCAAG